AUGCCUCGCACCCCACCGCCCGAAGUAGUGGCAUCCUGGCCGGCCCCCAAUUUCGUCAACCCCGAGACCCGCGGGCCGGCCAAGGACAUCGUCACCGUCAUCCUCUGGGCCAUCGUCAGCAUCAUAAUAAUCUUGCGGAUCUAUACGCGGAGGUAUAUUUCGCAGAGAGUCGGCUGGGACGAUGUCCUCAUCACCGUCGCCUACGUCACCGCCACCGCCUUCCUCAUCGUCGGCAUCUUUGUCGAGCACGGCUACGGAUGGGGAGGCAUAUUUGGGAUAUCCCCCAAGACGACAUUCCUCGUGAGCUUCACCCUCUUCGACAUCGCCACCACAUUCACCAAGCUCUCCGUCCUCGCCCUCGUCUACCGCCUCGCCACCCCCGUAUCCACCCGCAUCCGCCGCUUCGUCGUCUUCCUCAUCGCCCUCAACCUCACCGGCAUGAUCGUUUACGUCAUCCUCCUCUUCAGCCAGUGCCAACCCCUCUCCGACUACUGGGAGUUCUUCAAGCCCGCCGACCAGCGCCGCUGCCUCACCGAGAGCCGUGGCAUCCUCAUCGCCGGCAUCUGGAACACCUCCAUGGACUUUGUCGUCAUCAUCCUCCCCAUGAUUGUCAUCCUGCGCUCCAAGACCCUGUCUCGCCGCCAGCUCACCCUCGUCAUCGCUCUCUUCGCCACCGGCUGGCUCGCCUGCCUCGCCGGCAUCGUCAGGACCGUCCUCAUGUACAUCUCCACCACCUCGGCGGACUUUGACUUUACCUGGCACUCGUGGAUCUCUUGGUUCGCCAGUGCCAUUGAGCUAUUCCUCGGCAUCAUAUGCGUCUCCAUACCCGCGACGAGACCUUUCUUCGUCCGCUACCUCCCCCGCUUCUUCGAACCUCUUCAAUCUCCUUCCCAGGCUUCUCCACGCGAAAGGCUCGUCGGCGACGCGGAAAGUGGCUUCUCCAAGGCCACUGAGCACGACCACGAGGUCCCCAUCGUCUUCGUGCGCGAAGUUCCCAUUCCCGUAAAUCUCAACAAGCCUCUACCGCCACUAUCCCUCGGGAUCAGGGGAGAUUAA